AAAUAUGCAGUGACAUAUUCUCGCUCCAGUGAACUCGUUAAAUGUUUCGUCGGCAGUCGCCAUCUUUUUUCCUCAUCAUCUCUGGUGAGAAUCCGGGAAGAAACCUGUUGCUCGGCGAGUAGCUGGUUCUGAGGUGUUACAGACGAAUCGCUGGCGUGUUCUCGUUUGUAGCAGUCAUUCCAUCUUCUAAAGUUUGUUUCCUUUAAAGGUUUUUCAACGACCCACGAAGAUCGCCGGUCUCGUCUGUUAACUUUCCAGUUCCGUCUUCACACCAAACCCAAGCAACAUUCGUCAGUAUAUGAUUUCCAAUUACAAGACAUGGCCACAAAACUGGAAAAAGAUGACGAAUAUACAAUUCUUGACAGCAAACUUGGGAAAACAGGCAAAAGAAUGUCAGAAAGGACAAAUAUAUUUGAAGAUCAGAAGAUUCCCAAACUAGAAGACGUAGGAUUUGGUUAUCAAGCAGAAGUAGUGGGAGCACAUGCAGCGGGAGCACGUGUAGCGAAAACAUGUGUACCGGCAUCACGUGGGGAAGUGAUUAAUGCUUCCCCAGAGAAGUCGACGUUCACACUGAUCAACACUUUCGACGCACGGGCGAAUAUUGGAGACCAUGAUAGCAUACAGGAUUUCGUUGUCCUGAAUCAGAACGGGUUAGAUGUCUUUGUUGUAUGGUAUUCUAGCGAGGAGUGUGUUAGGUCACUGUGGCAUGAUGCUAAGGAGAACAUUGAUAAGAUCAGUGAAUGUAAACUGAAUAAAGAACAAAUUCGUGGUCUUUUUAGAAUCACGAAAAUUAGCAACACUCAAGUCGCUGUUGCGUGUACUUUUAUCAGAAACAAAAACUGGCUCAUAAAGCCAACACUAAAUAUAAUAAAUGUUGGUCCAGAAUUAAGCCUCCAGAAAACUGUUCCACUGAAAUGUUGCGAGUGCACCGUAUGUAUAACCUCAUUAAGUUCAAAAACUGGGACCAGAUUGGUGAUAGGACACAAGGGAUUAAUGGUGACUGACCUACACGGCAACAUGAUCAAGUUAGUCACUGUUGACAAGACAGGAGAGUCACUUGUCAGUGAGCCGCAAUACUUGGCAACCACACCUUCCGGUCACAUACUGGUGUCAUACAACACCGAUGAGACAUUUUACUCGAUCAGUCAUCGUGAAGAUAAAGUGUCAUGCAUUUCACUUGAAAGGAAGGUGUUGUGGAGUUAUCCGAUAAAGAAUGCACGAGGUGUUACCUGUGAUGCGUACUCUAAUGUGUAUGUUGCUAUUGGUGAAACUGGUAGGCCUUUGAACCAGAAAGUGGUUAUGCUGUCUCCGGAAGGCAAGUUUGUAAAAUAUAUUCUGAAGUCAGAUAAAGUGGACUAUUGUCCCCAAGCUUUGUAUUACGACACAUCUAAAGCCAGACUGUACGUCUCUGACAAACACUUGAUCAGGAUCUAUGAACACAGAUUCUCCAGUAACGAUCUCCACUGGUAACGAGUAGUCGUCGUGAACGUUCAGUUCAAACACGAGAUGAUACCUUACUAAAGCAUUCUUUCGACUCUGUCUUAACCAGGGAUAUGGGUUGAAAUACGUUAGUUCUUCUUGUUGUCGAUUUGUUAUUGUUUGUUGUUGUUGUUUUGUUUGUUUGGGUUGUUUUUGUU